CACUUACUACGACUGACGGCCCUUGCCAAACCUUCCCCAGACUUGCUGCCCUCAGCACUUUCGGCAGAACAAUGGGGCUGGAGCAGGGAACGCGGCCAGCCGCCUGCAGUCGCUGCCUGUGCGCCCGCUCCUGUGCUCCAGCGCCGGAUCUGAUCCCGGGAAAUCAGAGCCCGCUGGGAGUUUCUGACUUACUCCAGUCGGCCCCGGGCAGAGAGCACUUGCGAAUAGAAUUCAGACAAGCUGCUUCUCCAAAAACUCGUGUGUGCGUUAGAGCUCUAGUUCCACAAAUGAUUGACAUUGCUGCUGUGUUUUGUUUGGUGGCAGGAAGUUUAGUUCCCUUUCACCCCCCACCUCCCCCCCAAAGAUGCCUUUGUUGUUUUAGGUGUAUUUUUAUUAUUAUUUGGAAGUUUUCAGAGGAGUGUAAGAAAAAAGGACUUAACGUGCUGGGGAGUAACGCUAAGAAUUUUAAAAAAAAAGACCAAAUGGCAAAGCAACCUUCCGAUGUAAGUUGUGAGUGUGACAGAGAAGGCGGACAAUUGCAGCCUGCCGAGAGGCCUCCUCAGCUCAGGCCUGGGGCCCCUACCUCUCUACAGACAGAGCCCCAAGGUAAUCACGAAGUCGAAGGGGACCGCUGCCCCCAAGGCAGCCCUCAGGGCCCGCUGGCCCCACCGGCCAGCCCUGGCCCUUUUGCUACCAGAUCCCCGCUUUUCAUCUUUGUGAGAAGAUCCUCCCUGCUGUCUCGAUCCUCCAGUGGGUAUUUCUCUUUUGACACAGACAGGAGCCCGGCACCCAUGAGUUGUGACAAAUCAACACAAACCCCAAGUCCUCCUUGCCAGGCCUUCAACCAUUAUCUCAGUGCAAUGGCUUCCAUGAGGCAGUCUCAAGCUGUACCUGCAGAUAUGCGCCCAGAGAUAUGGAUUGCACAAGAGCUACGGCGUAUUGGAGACGAGUUUAAUGCCUAUUACCCGAGGAGGGUCUUUUUGAAUAAUUACCAAGCAGCUGAGGCCCACCCCCAAAUGGUUCUCUUACGACUGCUACGUUACAUCGUCCGUCUGGUGUGGAGAAUGCAGUGACAGCAGGUUCCUUGCAGAGCUGAGAUGUGUGCAGACAUUUUGCUUGUUCAAACCAACAGGUCCCAGCACCAUGAAUGUUUGGUGCCAUUGCUAUGCAGCCAGCGACUCCUUCCCAGAGAGGGCAUGGAGCAGCCAGCUGACAUAUUCCUAAAAACACCCAGCUGCACAUGGACUUGACCUUCCUGUUUAUCACCACACUGCAGAAUUUCUUAUAGAAGUUUGUUGUGAAUGUAAACAAGAGAGGAUUCUUUUUUAAAAAUGUACAAAUCAUGGUUCUUUGGAGCAGGAUUUAAUGCAAGAAUGCUGUUUACAUGUGAUGCGGUUUUUUUUCCAGCUUCUUUAAUAAGAACAGGUUUUUCAGAAAGGAAAUGGAAACUUUUUAACCAACUUGUUAAUAAUUUUUGUACUUAAAUUUUAAGAACCUAAUACCUACCCUCAGAGGAUUAUGUAAAUUCUGCAGUGAAAACUGAGCCAGCUAAUUUAUAAAGCUGCCUUAGUUUAUUUUUAGGGGUUACUGUACAGAAUUUUUAAACGGGAGAGGUAUGAUAUGGCCUCCUCCCUUCCCUGCCAUUGCCUCUGACUUUUUUUUUUUAAAGCAUUAUUAUUAAUACCAAAAAAAAUACUUAAAUGAAAGGGGCAAGGGAUCUGUUAGCCUGUAUCAAUAUGCCGCUCCCGUUUUGUAAAUAUUUACUUACCUCCUUAAAUUCAGUUGCAUCUGUGGCAGAAUUUCAGACUCUCUCUUGUGUGUUUUUCUUUGUGUCCUUCUAUGAUACCCCUCUAGCCUGUCUGGACACUGAUGCACAACUUGGUCCACUGUAGUUUUGUGAUGAAAGGGAAUUGCGUCAGAAGUGAGUUACAUCUGCCUAUAUCAUCCACAGCUCAUCAGCCUGUCUGCUGUAACCUAACUGGGAAAUGCUUCAUAUCAGUUUUCAUUUUGAUGGGCUUGUCACUCAGAAGUGUUCCGAAGAGGGACUAGCAGGAAUAACACCAAGUAUUUGCUUAUGUCCCUUUGCACUGUUGGCGUUUCUGGUUGCAGGAUUUCCCUGCCCACGGGAUAUGCUCUCAGUGCAGCUUCCAGGUGUCCAGAAAUAGCUGGGUUUGGCCUCAGGUAUCUGAGUUCAAGUCCUCCUGGGUAUUAGCUCAGGUCUUGGGCGGGACUUUAAACAGAUGUUUCCUGGGCAUCCUGGCCUUUCGUUCAGCUCACACUUCAUCUGGCCCUUGAUGCCUACCACUUGGUUCCCAGUCCUCUAAAUCCACUUUGAAAUAUAGGCUUACUUCUGCUUUCAGCGGUGCCAUUAUGAUGCUCCAUUGAGCACAAGUGUGAAAUGGCCCCUCCGCCUUCUGAAAGAUGCCUGUGGUACUUGUUCCAUUUCUCUUGGGAAGGUUGGGUUUUGUCAUCUGCCUCUUUGAGGUCCUUACACCUACGGAGCCACGAGGAUUGCAGUAGUUGGGAAGCCCACCAGUUGGUCUGUCAUUUAAAAGGCAGUUAAGCAACUAGGGAGAUACAAGGGAAGGACAGAUUAGAGAGUAGUGAGAAAAGGGAGGUAGAGAUCAAUCUGUGAACCCUGUAACUCAAGCUUUUUGAAAUCUCAGAUCGUUAAAUACUUUUUAAAAGAAAUAUGUGAUUUUUCAAAUAAGUCAGCAGUGCCAACAACUAUUGUAUAUGCUUUUGGCCCAUGGAGGACCAGUGUUUUCACAUGAUUAAAUUAAUGGGAAAAUCCAUUCAUUUGUAUCUUCAUACUUUUAUAUAAAUAUAUAUAUUGCAUAUACACUUUUUCCUGUAGGUAGAGAUAUUUGAUUCCAAAUAUUCUUCCUUAAAAAUUUCUUUUCCCCAGAUACCUUUGUGGGGUCUUGAAUAUUUUUAAAGCUGUGUUGAGUUUCAGCUUGUGUUCUUGACGUGUCUUGAACCCCUUUGUAGGGUCAGAAAGUCCACACGGUUGUGAGGUGAUGGUAGAACUGCAGCCAUGGACCUGCUGGACACACACACCAAAGAUGUAUUUGGUUCUGGGCCCCUCUCCUCCCAGGAUCUCCAUCCUCAUGUGCCAGUCUCUCUGACUGGAGCACUUUACUCUGUUUCUUUGAUACUGUGGUUCCCUGAGAGCGGCACAGUGCAGCCCCUGUGCUCUUGUGCCCGCCACAUCCAAAAGUUUACCUCUGGCUUGGCAGCCCCUGGGCCUCCAGGCUGGCCAUGGAAGCAGCUCAUGAGGAAAUUAGAGAGUCUAUGAACUGUAGAAGUAUUAAAGAACAGGAUGUUGCAAAAGGACUUGAGAGAGAAGACUGGAUGUCUCUGUACUGUAUGUAUCUGUUUAUCAAGAUGCCUCCCCAUGCAAAGUAUACCAACUGUGGUAUACAUUUUACUUUUUAUUUUUUAUUUCUUUUAUUUUUUUGUAGAAGAAAAACCAAGUAGCUCCCUUUUUGAAUAUUUAAUGCGGGUUUUGUGCCUUCACCACCUCUUCUCACAUGAGGUUUAUAAAAAGUGUCCUGUGACUUAUCACAGAAAUGCAAUAAACACACACAAAAUAACUUCAUGAGUGGUUCUUCAAAUUACCUGUACUCCUGCCUAAAAGUGAGUUUAUGAAGAAAUUUUCUUGGUUACAGAGAAACUUGGUAAAAAUUCCUUCUGAUUAAAGAAAAAAAAUGUACACAGUAGAAUACAAUUUUCUCUUGUUUCCCUUUCUUAAUAUUGUUGUAUAUAUUUUGACUAUUUAUUAGAUUAGGAGAUCAUAUUUUCCUUAUCAACUGAGCCAAAUGUCUGUGUGCAAUUGUGUUUCCUUUACCUUUCUUGUAAAAUUUUGUACAGCAUAAUGAGUAAAAAUCACUGUUUUUCUAAACUUUUUUCAGAAUCGAGGAUUGUAAAUACUGUAGAUUCUUUUUUCAGUGUAAUGUGUCCUACUGUUUCAUAAUGCUGUAACUUGUAGAAAUAUUGUAUAUUUAUUUCCUGCUUAUUUAAUGUCUUUAAGUUUUUAAAAGUGUUGACCUCCCUGCCCCUACCCCACCCCCACCCAGCUGUCCCAUUAAUUGCUUUUACUCUGAGGUGGUAGUUGGUCAGCUCCCUGUAGGCCACAUGAUCUUCCCAGGGUGGCCUUCCCUGCUUUAGUUCCUGGUAUUUCUGGUCAGCGGGUUUAAAUUCUUGGACAUAGCUGUUCGCACGAUGAUGCUAGUAUCUAGACACCAGUGAGAAACUGAAUCUGGCAGGCUAUAAAAUUCUACUCCAAGAAAUACCCAGUGACUAUUUGUUCCAAAGCAGCUAGCUUCUCAAAGAAGCAAAUUCCAGACCAUAUCUUUAAAAAAUAAUGUAUUACCAGUAGUUAGGAAAGAUUUUUCCAUUGAAAAGUUAUCCCUGGGAACUCAGUGUUGAGAAAAAUACAAUCAUGCCCCUUCUGGAGGUGUUGCUGUGAGGUGGUUCAGGGCAAGGGCCAGGCAGGGCUUAGGUGGGGCUGGUUGCUCCUGCCUGGACAGCUACUUCAGCACCGCCUCAUGCCACUAACCCCUUGUUGGCAACUGGUGAGUAGUUGAAUUUCCCCUCCCGCUGUGUGGCUUCCUGUGCUUUGAGGCGAGGACUAGGUUGUCUUCAGGAGCUGAUUGUAUAGUCCCCCAGCCCUGAACCAUUUGGUCCCUGCAUUCCAUCAGUCUACUUUCAAAGGUUGACGCCCACCUCCUGCUUCUCCAUCGCCCGCGAGAGAGGUUAGGGCCCCCACUGGAUUCGGUGUUAAGAUGUGAAAGCUCAUGGAAGCUUUAGCGAGACUUCCGAAUGGUUCCAUGUAGAUGGUCUGUCAUCCCUGCUGAUUUAGCCUGGUGCCUAUGUGUGUCCGCUCAGCGCACGGCUGUGUGCAGGGGUGUGGCCACGUGACGCUAAAGCAGCCGGGGUUAACGCCCGUUCUACUCCUAAAGGGCCUUGUGUGCAAGAAGCCUCCGCAAGCUCCCAGCUAAGUAACUUGACUACUUUUAUUUGGGAAUUUCCAACUUUAGAAGCUCUCUUAAGUUGUUUUGUCCAGGUUCUGUGACCACUAGUUACUGUAUCAGAACUCAUCAGGUACACAUUUAUAAAUAGCACUGAUCUGUCUGUAUACUGAUUCAUCACUAACUUGUUUCCUAGGACCCAGCAUAUGUAGCAUUUGUAUUGCAAUUUCCCUGGCUUACUUGUGUUUUGCACUGAUGAAAUUUGACAGGGUAAUUGCCACUUUACUUGUGCAAUACUGCUGUAAAUAACUGCAGAUUUUUUUUAAGAAACUCAAUCUUUUAUGUUCUUAAUGAAUUUUAUAUAAAUAAAACUUUCAACU